GCGUGAGCACAGUACCUCCUCCUUGUGCACGCGAUUACUGCCACAAAAUCAAGAUGGCUUGCCAUGGGGCUGUGCUCUCGAUGUCCAAAAUUAUUUCUCCUUUUUGGGGUGGACGCCUCGGAAAUACGGUUAAAGUAUUUGGAACAACUCUGACAAGUCACAGGAAUAAGACAUUGCUUACUGGAGAAAACAUUCCCCCUCCUGCAAAGUAUGGAGGCAGACACACUGUGACCCUCAUACCUGGAGAUGGAAUUGGGCCAGAGCUGCUCAGUCAUGUCAGAGAGGUCUUCAGGUUCAGCUGUGUGCCAGUGGACUUUGAGGUGGUCCAUGUCAACUCUGCUGUAGAGACUGAGGAUGAUAUCAAUAAUGCCAUCACUGCCAUCCGCCGUAAUGGAGUUGCUCUCAAAGGUAACAUAGAAACCAAACAUACCAUGCCGCCAUCUGUCAAAUCCAGAAAUAAUCUCCUUCGCACAAGCUUAGACCUGUACGCCAAUGUGAUGCACUGCCAGUCCCUCCCUGGCGUCCAGACUCGCCACAAGAACAUUGACAUCAUGAUCAUCAGGGAGAACACAGAGGGAGAAUACAGCAGUCUGGAGCAUGAGAGUGUAUCAGGAGUGGUGGAGAGUCUUAAGAUCAUCACCAGGAAUAAUUCCCUCAGGAUUGCCGACUAUGCCUUUCGUCUGGCUAGGGAGAAAGGUCGUCGUAGGGUCACUGCCGUGCACAAGGCCAACAUCAUGAAGCUCGGUGAUGGCUUGUUCCUGCAGUGUUGCAGAGAAGUGGCCUCUGGUUACCCAGACAUCACAUUUGACAGCAUGAUUGUGGACAACACCACCAUGCAGCUGGUGUCCAAGCCCCAGCAGUUUGAUGUGAUGGUGAUGCCCAAUCUGUACGGGAACGUGGUGAGCAACGUGUGUGCAGGCCUUGUGGGAGGGCCUGGCCUUGUGCCAGGAGCCAAUUAUGGUCGUGACUAUGCUGUCUUUGAAACGGCCACAAGGAAUACAGGGAAGAGUAUCGCGGACAGGAACAUUGCAAACCCCACUGCCAUGCUGCUGGCCAGCUGCAUGAUGCUGGACCACCUUAAGCUUUAUGAUUAUGCAAGUUCCAUCCGGAAUGCAGUCCUCACCACCAUGAAUGAAACCAGGUUGCACACAGCUGAUAUUGGGGGCCAGGGCACCACAUCAGAAGUGGUCCAGUCUGUCAUGAGGAUCAUCCAGAGUAAAGGGCAGCUCACAUCAGAGCUCUAAGCCACUGCUGAGGACACCAAACACACACACACACACACUCGCACACUCACACACUCAUCAGAGGUGUGAGUGUGAACAGGUGUUGUGUGUAUGUGGGACAGGUGUAUAGUAUAUGAGAAGGAUGUCUAUGCAUGUCUGUUUCCAUAGCGGCGGUCUUAUCACUGACAUCACAAUGACUCCUUGUUUUUCGUGUUCACAUGGCUUAUUGAUCAGUUCAAUGUACAAAAGACGUUAAUCAACAUCUGUGUGUUUCACAUAUGAUGAUGACCUUCACUAGACUGUUUUAAAAAAAA